AGAAAACGCAUUCAGUGUAUAAAGUGCUAUUGAGUUGAUUAGUUGCCUUCGAGUGCAUCGCCACAUUGAGUAGAAAUGAAUUUCCUUUUUGCUAUUUUCACUCACAUCGUAAAUAUGAAAAAAUCAGUGAUAUCAGUAAUAGUUUUGGCAGCGGUGUCUAAAUUAUUGUUACCACAUUUAUUUGCAUAUUACGAAACGAAACAGCAGCAGCUAAAUGUUACAGCCGAUAAACCAACUGCGAAAUCGUACUAUCCUGAAUUGAAAUUUGCAAUUUCACUAUUGGCUCUUUUACAAAAGAACGAACCAAACGAAAGUAUUUUUUAUUCGCCACACAGUGUGUACACAACACUUUUGAUGGCCUAUUUUGGUGCUGGUGGUGAAACAGAGAUAGAACUCAAACAAUUAUUAUUGUCGACUGAAACCAGUAAGGCAGAUGCUGAAUAUGCAUAUCAAUUGAAAAAAGAACAACAGCUCAAUCGAUUUCAAAAUCAAUCCGUCGAAUUUACUUCGGUUGAAAAAUUAUACGUCCGCACUGGUGUACGAGUCCGUGAUUCAAUAAAAACCCUAUUGAAGGACAGCAUUGAACAACUCGAUUUUGCUGAUGACCUCGAGCAAUCCAUUAAACUCAUUAACCAAUUCAUUACAAAAACGACGAAGAACAAUAUCAAAGAUUUUUUACAACCAAAUUCACUAUCGAAACAGACAAUGCUCGUUAUGAUCAAUGCAGUAUAUUUCAAGGGACAAUGGGCAAAUGUGUUCGAUAAAGGGCAAACUGAUCGGAGAAUAUUUUAUAAGCAAGACGGUGAAGAAGUUUAUGUUGAUAUGAUGCAUCAAUAUGCACACUUCAAAUAUGGUUUCAUUGAGAAUUUGAAUACACAAGUCCUAAAAAUGCCAUAUGAAGAUGAAAAUGAAUCCUUGUCAAUGUUCAUCUUCUUGCCAGACGCUUCUUCAACCGCUAUCGAUGUACUUCUGGACAAAUUAUCACCAGAAAUUUUAGAUAAUGUUUUCAGCGGACACAGGAGUGUAUACCGACCAACAUAUAUUAAUGAGGAAAUUUUUGUUAGUCUGCCAAAGUUUUCGUUUGAAAGUAGAAUCGAUUUGUCCUCGAUAAUGGAACGACAUAUAGGGGUUCAUAAUUUAUUCCAAAAUUCCAAUUUCAGUGGUAUCUUUGAAUCAACAGAACCAAAAUUCGAGUCUAAACUUGCCCACAUGGCGAAAAUUAAAAUUAAUGAAGUAGGCACCGUAGCUGAAGCUGGUACAUAUCUGAGCACCUGGAUAGCCUCUGAUUGCCGAUCUUUUGAUUGUAAUCAUCCAUUUUUGUUUGUAAUUUAUGAUCAAAAAUGCAGUGAAAUGUUGUUUGCUGGAAUUUAUCACGGCCCAAAUGUGUAAUAAAAUAUUUAAUAAAACUUGACAUUGAAACAGAAACAGAAA